AUGAGUUACCAGGUCACCAGUGACUUGUUCAGACUUGGAAAGUCAACGGUUGCAUCGGCGGUCGUAGAAUUCUGCCUUGCCGUCGAGCUCCAGCUGCUUUCUCGGACGGUGCUCUUUGGCGACUCUAUUGGCCAGAUAAUGGAUGGCUUCAGGAGGAUGGGGUUUCCUCAUUGCGUGGGAGCAGUCGACGGAACACAUAUCGCCAUUUGUGCCCCUGGUGGCCGUCCAGAGCAGUAUGGCAACCGGAAAAACUUCUCCUCGGUACUGCUCCAGGGGACUGUGGACCACAGAGGAAGGUUUGUGGACGCCGAGGUGGGGUGGAGUUGCAAAAACCAUGAUGCGUUUGUUUUUGCCCACUCCGCCCUCUGUUCUGCAAUGGACUCUGGCGCACUGAUCCCCGAUAACCACGACAUGGUGUUGGAUGGGAUUAGAAUUCCACCAGUGAUUUUGGCUGACGGUGCAUAUCCCAUGCGCAGAUGGCUCAUGAAGCCAUACGGCCGAACCGCAACAAUGACUGCACAGCGGAAUUUUGAUCGGCAACUUGCUCGCUGCAGGAACGUGGUGGAAAGGAGCUUUGGUCGCUUGAAAUCCAGGUGGAGGUGUCUCUCCCACAGGCUGCAGAUAAGAGAGCAAAAUGUCAUCUCUGUUGUGACUGCAUGUGUGGUGCUCCACAAUUUGUGCGAGAGCAAAGGCCAUCCGAUAGUGGGUGGUGGUGAAUGCCCCGCACCGGUGCUGCUGUCCCAACAGGAGGAGCAAGAUUACAAUGGCAACACCGGGCACCUGGCGGAGGGCAAGAUGGUCCGCGAUGCCCUUGCCAGACACAUGUUGGGAAGGAUGGACUCACUUUGA